AUGGCGGGUUUUAGCUCACUUUUUCUCUGUCAGAAGCUCGUGUACUUAGUUCAUGCCGUUAUCGGAUUUGUUUUCUCCAGCGUUUUCAGGAUUAGGCUGAAAGCAGCACAGGAGAGUGGUGUAUUGGACAAGGACGGUAAGAAAAUUGAUUUUCUCGAACCAGAAGAUGGCGCUGAGUGUGGGGAUUUUGGUGUUCGGUCCGAGGAAGAAGAUGAACCAGAGGAGAUAUGUUUGAAGUUCAAGUUUCCGACUUUUGAGGAGUUCAGCAAAACCCAUGAAGGAAUAGGUAAUUACAGCAAAUUCGAGCCGGCCAUUGUUGAUGAGAUUGAGGAUUUUGUCGUGAAGGAGGAAAUUGAUGGUACAGGGGAGUUUAUUACUGAUGGAAAUUUCGAUGAGGAAUUUGAUCGAACAUGUGGUGGGCAUGAGGAAGGAGAAGAAAUUCUGGUAGUUGACCGCGAUGAAAACGAGAAAACUGUGGCGAAAAUUGAAUUUCAAGAAACUUCGGAUGAGGAAUUUGAUCUAACAGGUGAGAAAGGAGAAAACAUUCAGGUAGAAUCUGGGGCAAACAUUGAAUUUCAAGAAAAUUCAGAAAGUAAGGUGCAAACAAUUGUUCAGGAGGAUGAGCUAACUGAUGAUGAUGAAAAUCACUUAUCAUCUGAUAAAAUUUCUAUGAUAGCCGAUUCCGAUUCUGAUUCGGACUCCACGAGUUUCGAGCACAUACGUUCGGUUAUGACCCGUUUGGUGGGCCCACAAACCGACGGUUUCCUAUCGGACGGCGAUUUCGGAGUCGAACCACCGGAAAGCGAAAACGAGAAAACCGAAACUUUUAGCGAAUUGUCGAUUUUCGACGAAAAUCAAGACUCGUCCGAUGAUUUCUCGGACGAGGAUAGCGACAUAAUGGAUGAGCUCGCGAAAUUGGAAGAAGAUAGCGAUUCGAAAAAUCUCGAUACCUCGAGCUCGGGUUUCUUGAGCUUCGAUGAUUUUAACGAUAAGUUUGAAACAAAUGGAGAUGAGAAAGUUGAAAAAUCGAGCACGAAUGAUUUUUCCGAGGAUGAGGAGGAGCUCGAGUCGUUGUGGGAGCAUCAAGAGUUGAUCGAGCAGCUAAAAAUGGAGCUCAAGAAGGUUCGUGCCACGGGCCUACCCACAAUUCUAGAAGAAUCCGAGUCGCCCAAGUUGAUGGACGAUUUGAAGCCGUGGAAAAUCGACGAGUUCCAACGGGAAAAAAACUGCUCGGCCGGGCUCCACAAGUUUUACAAGAGCUACCGGGAGAAGAUGCGAAAAUUCGACAUCAUCAACUAUCAGAAGAUGUACGCCAUGGGCUUUCUGCAACUCAAAGACCCGAUGAAAUCAGUCUCGACCCAUAAACCGUCCCCACCGACCCUAAAAUCGCUCGUCUCGCAAAACCUCUGGCUGUUCAAACACAAAAUCCACGGCACGGACCCCAUGAAAAAGUUCGUGCAGGAGCUUCAGGGCGAUUUAGAGGCCGUGUACGUGGGCCAGACGAGCCUCUCGUGGGAGUUUUUGCAUUGGCAAUACGAAAAAGUCCUCGACCUUUGGGAAUCGGAUCCAAGUGGGGCCCGCACGUACAACGAGGUGGCGGGCGAGUUUCAACAGUUCCAAGUGCUCGUGCAGAGGUUCUUGGAAGACGAGCCUUUUCAGGGUCCGAGGGUGCAGAAUUACGUCAAGACUCGAUGUGCCGUUCGAAAUCUCCUCCAAGUUCCCAUCAUAAGAGAGGACAAAAGGAAGGUUAGGACAAAAGCUACGGGCGAAUAUUUCAUCACGACCGAAAUGCUGGUCGAGACGGUGGAGGAAUCUAUACGUAUAUUUUGGAGAUUUGUUCGGGCUGAUAAAGAUUGCUCGAUAGCUUCACUCAACAAUGGUCAUAAAAGAACUCCCGAGCUUCUGAGCACAGAAGACCUCGAGUUAUUUGCGGAGCUCAAAAGAAGUCUUCUAAAGAAAGAGAGGAAGAUAAAGGAUAUCUUGCGGAGUGAAAACUGCAUUCUGAGGAAAUUCAGGCAGUGCAGGGAAGAUGACUCCUCGGAAGAUCAAGUUCUCUAUUUUUUCUCGCAAGUGGAUAUGAAGUUAGUUUGUCGGGUUUUGAACAUGUCGAAAAUAACGAGGGAACAACUGAUUUGGUGUCGUAACAAGCUAAAUAGGAUUAGUUUUGUAAAUAGGAGAAUACAUGUCGAACCCGCUUUCUUGCUCUUCCCCUGCUGA